AUGACCUCUACCAGAACCCUCAGCGUCUGCCUCGUGGCUCUCAUUCUCACGGCCUUGACAUUGACGCCUGGCGCCGAUGCUGGAGUGAUCAAGGACUGCUACAAUGAUUGGAGCCGAUGUUCAAGGUGGAGCAGCCCUUUGACUGGUAUUCUGUGGAAAAACUGUGACAAGCGAUGCAAGCAGCUGGGCAAACGCUCCGGCAAGUGUGUCCGUGUCAGAGCCAGAUGUCCAGUCUCCAAAACAGUCUUGCAGUGCCAGUGCAGCUGA